CUUUGCCCCGGUCCCUGGGGAGCAGACACUGCCCUUUUCCUCCGGGAGGAGCCGGCUGGGGGGCGGUUCCGCGCGUGCCCUCCCGGCCCUCCCCCGGGUUUAAGGCGGCGCAGGGCCCGGGCCCGCAGUCCCGGGCUGCCCGCCGCGCUGGGCGAUCGCGCAGAUGGCGGCGCUGGCGGCCGUGGCCAAGAAGGUGUGGAGCGUGCGGCGGCUGCUGGUGCUCUUCUUCGCGCCGCUCGCACUCUUGCCGGUGCUCUUCUUCCUGCCGCCCAAGGAAGGCCGCUGCCUCUUUGUCAUCCUGCUCAUGGCUGUGUACUGGUGCACAGAAGCCCUGCCCCUGACAGUCACAGCCCUGCUGCCCAUCGUCUUAUUCCCCUUCCUGGGCAUCCUGCCUUCCAGCAAGGUCUGCCCCCAGUACUUUGUGGACACCAACUUCCUCUUCCUCAGUGGCCUGAUCAUGGCCAGCGCCAUCGAGGAGUGGAAUCUACACCGUCGAAUUGCCCUCCGGAUCCUGAUGGUCAUCGGGGUCCAGCCUGUCAGGCUCAUCCUGGGCAUGAUGGUGACCACCUCCUUCCUGUCCAUGUGGCUGAGCAACACCGCUUCCACUGCUAUGAUGCUUCCCAUUGGCAGCGCCGUGCUCAAGAGCCUCUUCGGUCAGAAGGAGGCACAGAAGGACCCUCCCAGGGAGAAUGAAGAGAGUGAAGGUGAGGGGAGGGCUAGAGGCCUGCACAUCGUACCCAUGGAGAUGCAGUCUCUUGCCAGCACAGAAGACAAAGAUGGCCUUGAGGAGGUCGAGGUACCCACGGAUCUCUCCGCUGACUCCAAGAAGGAGAGGGAAUAUUGCAGAAACAUCUGGAAAGGGCUCCUCAUUUCCAUCCCCUACUCGGCCAGCAUUGGGGGCACUGCCACCCUCACAGGCACUGCCCCCAACCUCAUCCUGGUUGGACAACUCAAGAGUUACUUUCCGCAGUGUGAUGUGGUGAAUUUUGGCUCCUGGUUCGUUUUCGCCUUCCCGCUCAUGCUGAUAUUCCUGCUGGUGGGCUGGCUCUGGAUCUCCUUCCUGUACGGGGGACUGACACUGAGGGGUUGGAUGAAGAAGAAAUCCAAUAUCAGGACUCAGGUGGAAAAGAAAGCACACACCAUGAUUCAGGAGGAAUUCCAGAAGCUGGGACCCAUCAAGUUUGCUGAGCAGGUGAUCUUCGUCCUCUUCUGCUUGUUCGCCAUCUUCCUUUUCACCCGGGACCCCAAGUUCAUCCCUGGCUGGGUCAACGCCUUCCUUCCUGGGUAUGUUUCCGAUGCAGUCACUGGCAUGACCAUUGUCAUCAUCUUGUUUUUCUUCCCAUCCCAAAAGCCCUCUCUCAAGUGGUGGUUUGAUCUGAAAGCUCCCAGUGUGGAGACACCACCGCUGCUGACAUGGAGGAAGGCCCAGGAGACGGUGCCCUGGAACAUCAUUCUCCUGCUAGGAGGGGGCUUUGCCAUGGCCAAAGCCUGUGAGGAGUCAGGGCUGUCCACGUGGAUGGGGGGACAGCUGCAGCCCCUGGAGGCCCUGCCCCCCUUACUAGCCGUGAUGCUCAUCACCUCUGUCAUCGCCUUCUUCACCGAGUUCGCCAGCAACACAGCUACCAUCAUCAUCUUCCUGCCAGUCCUCGCAGAAUUGGCCAUACGCCUGCGUGUGCACCCCCUGUAUUUAAUGAUCCCCGGCACGGUCGGCUGCUCCUACGCCUUCAUGCUCCCGGUGUCGACGCCCCCCAACUCUAUCGCCUUUGCCUCUGGACACUUGAUGGUCAAAGACAUGAUGCGCACAGGCUUCCUGAUGAACCUGAUGGGGGUCCUGCUGCUCACCAUGGCCAUCAACACUUGGGGACAGGCCAUCUUCAACCUAGGCACCUUCCCUGACUGGGCAGAAAGCCACUCCAUCAACGCCACAGCACUACCCUCCGUUACAGCCAAUGGCACUUUUCGGACCCUCUGAGUCCCCAGGGGACCCCUUUUGGGCAGCCCUCACUCUCCAGAAGACCCUCUCCAUCAACCGCUCUCAGACCCUGGAUCUGGCAGUACUCUUGGACCCAGAACGCAGCAUUCAAGUUGACCUCCUGGGCCUUUCUGGUGUUCCUGCAGUCCCUGUGGGUUGGAAGAUGGUUCUGCCUCUUCCCAAUAUGGUACUUUGGGCUCCAGUGGCCUU